AUGGGUGGUCUCAAUCUCGAAGUGUUCAAGUUCGGCACAUAUGUCAUGUUCCCGAUUGGCAUCAUGUAUUAUUUCGGAACGAACCUCGACAACCGCUUCGCCGUCCCCGGCUUCUGGCCCAAGCCUGAAGAGUGCAACAAGAUCCCCAAGGACCGAGACGAGAUCAAGGCCGAGUACGAGCGCAUUGUCGCGCGGCAGAAGCUGCGGCAGGCCAAGAAGCUCGAGGAGGAGCGCCAAAGAGCAGCGCAGCAGCCAGAGCAGGAGCACCACGAGUCGUAA